GUUGAAAACAAGAAGUGAAGAGGAGGAAUUUUCCAAAGUGCAAGUAGAGCCUUUACUGGUUUCGUCGUUUGCCUUGUCAUGGAGGGCGGGGAUCUCAUCGAAAACCACCGCCACAAGCAAAAGAAGGAAGGCCGCGGUGCGAAAGAGAGAAAGAAAGAUGAUAAGGCAAAAAAGGAGGGAACGCGAAAGGAACGUCACAAUCACCGAGCGUUUUCGGUCGCGAAUAUAGUUCGGACGCAGCGGACGAUUCAACGAAAUCUAGACAGAUCACAAAAAAAAGAAUAUGUUCCCCUAACGGACCGUCGUUCCAUUGAUCCGAACGAAUCCCCGCCGGCCCUAGUCGUCGUGAUGGGACCCAAGGGUGUGGGAAAGUCCACUCUCAUUCGUUCGCUCGUAAAAUUGUACACAAACCACAACCUGACUACCGUAACAGGACCGAUUACGGUUGUUACCUCCAAGCACAAGCGAAUUACACUGCUGGAGUGCUGCAGCGACGACACCUCGGCCAUGUUGGAUUGCGCUAAGAUUGCGGACCUUGUAUUGCUGUGCGUAGAUGCUAAGUUUGGCUUUGAGAUGGAAACCUUUGAGUUUUUGAAUAUUUUGCAAACGCACGGAUUCCCGAAGGUCAUGGGGGUCUUUACACACCUCGAUCAAUUCCAGACGGCGAAGAACUUGCGCAAGACGAAAAAAUUGCUAAAGCAUCGGUUUUGGACCGAAAUUUAUGACGGUGCAAAGAUGUUCUACUUUUCGGGUGUCAUCAAUGGAAAAUAUUUAAAGAACGAGUGCAAACAACUGACCUUGUUCAUCUCCAGAGUCAAGGUAAGGGGAGGAAGCAAUACAGAAACAUGUUUGAAGAAUUGAGAGAAUGCCGCGAGGCCAAGAAUGUUUUUCAUUAGAAUAGCAAAAAGUUGAAAUUUUCAAAACUCCAACCACUUCCUACAAUGUCUCAUUUAUCUUGUACCAUUUCGGCCACCCUGCUUUCUCCAAAUUAUUUCUCCGAUCGUAGUUCCGUCCCCUCACGUGGCGCAAUACACAUCCUUACGUGUUGGUCGACAGGCACGAAGACAUCACGCACCCUAACGAAACGGACAAGAAUCCUGAUUGCGACCGGAGUGUGACUUUCUACGGAUGGGUCCGAGGAAGCCACAUGAAGAAAGGGACGAAGGUGCAUCUCAUCGGUGUCGGUGACUACAAUAUGGCAGAAAUUAGCCCACUUCCUGACCCAUGCCCGAUUCCUGACAAGGAACAAAAAUCGCUAAAGAAAAAGGACGCCUUGCUGUUUGCACCGUUGUCAAAUGUUGGUGCGGUCUCCUUUGACAAAGAUGCAAUUUACAUCGACAUCGGACGUGCAAAUUAUACACAAAAGGCGGACCUUCAAGGGAACGACGAGAGCGGCGAUGAAGACGAAGAAGCGUCCGAACCCGAAUACGAUCCAGAAGAACCAGCGGGUAUGCUAAAAGGGUUACAAGGCGUUGACUCCGCCGUCGACGAGAGAAUGGAGCGAUCUACUUUACGACUUUUCAAGGGAAGCAAGGCGGUCGAAGCCGGAUCGGACGAUGACGAUAGUGACAGCGAAGACGAUGUGCCAGAAAUCAGCACCGAUUCGAUGGUUCCCUAUCGAGUCCGGGGCGACUCUGAUUCGGAUGGAAAUAGAGCCGAAGAAGACAACGAUAGUCAGAGUGGUAAUGACGAAAGUGAUUCUGACAAUAGUGACUCUGACGAGGAUGCCGACGACGGUGAAGACGAUAGUAACUCCGACAGUAGCGAUGAAGAUGACUCCGAGGGAGAAAGCGACAAUAGUGACUCUGACGAAGAAGAGGGUGAUAGCAUCGAACGAAAUGGAAUCUCACAGAACAGCAUGUCCUGGAAGACAGGUAUUGCUGACAGAGCUCUGGAAUCGUUCCUCGAGCGCAAGGGAUCGAUUGUCAAUCUUCAAGAACUUAUUUAUGGAGUAGACAAAGCAAAGAGUGUCAACGAUGAUGACGAUGGUAACAAGAGCGAUUCCGAUGACGACGAAUUCUUUAAAAUCAAAAAAUCCUCGAAAACUGUUUCGACUGAUUCUAAUUCCAAAAAUAUACUCCAGUCUAAGUCGCUGCUAGGAGAAGAGGAUUCUUCCAGACUGAUCUCGGGUGAAAGAGAAAAUAUUAGCAUGGAAGCGUGGCUAGAAGAGGGUGGCGAUAGCUUGAUUGAAUCGAUUCGAGACAAAUUUGUGACUGGAAACUGGAGCAAAGAUGGAGAAGGCGACGAUGAAGAAGCCUUUGACGAUUUUGCUGAUCUCGAGACCGGCGAGAAAUAUGGGCCAAAUGGCGAAGUGUUGUCGUCGGAUGAGGACGAUGACGAUGUCGAAGAAGAUUCGGAUGUCGAAGACAAAGACCCGACAGAGGAAAUGACAGAUUCAGAGAUUCGCGCAUAUUACGCGGAGAAAAAAGCGAAACAAAAGAAGGGUUUCGAUGAUGAUUACGACGACGACAAGAAAUCAAAAGGAAUGGGCGAAAUGAAAGACGACGAAGCCGAGAACGAAUACCUAGAAGCUCUAAAACGACAAAAAGAAGAAAGAAUGAAGAAGAAUCACGAAGAGUUUGGCAAGGAUGGGGAACGGUCACGGCUUCGCCACGAAGGGUUCCGCCAAGGAGUCUACUGUAGAAUCCGAAUCGAUGGUAUACCUGCUGCUUUUAUCGAUAAUUACAAUCCAGAGCAACCCCUCGUGCUUGGAGGAUUGACUCCUCAGGAAACAAAACUCGGGUUUGUCCGCUGCCGAUUCAAGAAGCAUCGCUGGCACAAAAAGAUUCUAAAAUGCAACGACCCUCUCGUUUUCAGCAUUGGAUGGAGGCGUUUCCAGAGCAUUCCUACAUUUUCUACUGAGGAUGACAAUGGCCGCCACCGCUACCUGAAGUAUACGCCAGAACACAUGCAUUGUUUCGCAACCUUUUACGGGCCCCAGUGCCCACCGAACACCGGGAUCUUGGCAAUUCAACGUAUGUCGGAGAAUAUUUCUGGCUUUCGCAUUGCUGCUACGGGCGUCGUUUUGGAACUCGAUGCCAAUUUCCCCGUUGUGAAGAAGCUCAAGCUGGUGGGGACGCCCACAAAAAUCUAUAAAAACACUGCGUUCGUCACCGGUAUGUUUAAUAGUGAUCUGGAAGUUAGUCGCUUCGAAGGAGCUGCGAUUCGUACCGUCAGUGGUAUUCGCGGACAAGUGAAAAAGGCCAUCCGUGAAGGCCAGCCCGGUUCGUUCCGUGCCACCUUCGAAGACAAGAUUAUUCGAUCCGAUAUUGUAUUUUGUCGUACCUGGAUGCCUGUGAAGAUGAAGGAAUACUACAACCCCGUAACCAAUCAUUUGUCGUCGAAGGGAACAAGUGGUUGGUACGGAAUGAGAAACAAGGCCCUUAUGCAGCUGGAAACCGGCACACCAAUCGAGGUGAAUCCCGAUUCUAUUUACAAACCAAUCGAGCGUCCGGAACGCAAGUUUCGAAAGCUGCGCGUCCCAAAAAAGCUCGAGAGCAACCUGCCUUUUGCCAACAAGCCCAAGGACGAUCCCAAAAAGAGAAAGGGUGGCUAUCUCGAAAGACGUGCAGUGGUCAUGGAGAAGAGCGAAAAGAAGAAGUUCACGUUCCUGCAGGCUGUCAACACGAUCCGCAACGAAAAGGUUAAGUCUCGCAAAGAGAAAAAACGAUUAUCCAGGAUCGAAAAAGAUAAGAAGAAUGCGAAGAAGGAAGAAGCUAUUGCCGCCGCACGCAAGGUUAACAGAAAGCGACAGUACCGAGCCGAGGGAAAACGAGAGAAAAUGCAAGAAGCGAAGCGCGCAAAAAUGUAGGAGGAUUUCCGUUGGGUAUGCUCUUCAUGUCUAUUGUUUCUUCCGAUUUUCAGCUUCGCACAGGCUCGUGUUUGGCACAUUGGGGAACAAAAUAAGAGUAACUUUUUAAA